ACUCAUUGAUUACCACUAAUGUCACUGUGUAUAAAAUUUAACUUAUUAAUUUAUUGAAUAUUUCAGCAGAAAUCAGUGCCUGCAUUUGACUUUCUACUCCUAGUAGCAAUUCAAGAUGAGUAGCAUAACCGGAGCAUGUUCCCGAUUAAUGAGAGAGUUAGUGCACGCGCUGCGAGGCGGAUACAUUCUAUCAGCUUCAGCAGCUCACAUUGAUCCCAUUAAGCCAGCGGGUUACAAGUCAGAGGCACGAGAUCAUGAGUUGAUGCUCCGGGCUCUCACUGCUGUGUUUGGCAUGGAUCAAAGCAAUGGCAGAAUAAACAAGAAGAAGGCGCGUCAAGUGGUUGAGAAGCUUGGUUUGGUCGGUCAUGAUGAACAACUCACUACUAGCUUUGACCUGGCCGCUGGUUUGGAAGAGGAAGUUCCCUUGGAGGAGGUGCUACGGAUGGAGGAAGAAGAUGGGUCCACGCGGAAUGAGCUGCUACGACAGGCCUUCAAAAUUUUUGACGAGGAUGGCAACGGGUUUAUUGACGCAUUGGAGCUGAAGAGGGUGCUGCAAUGCUUGGGUUUGGACAAUGGGUGGGAUAUGGCUCAGGUUGAGAAGAUGUUGAAGGUAGUCGACUUGAAUCUGGAUGGAAAGGUCGAUUUUACUGAGUUUGAAUUGAUGAUGAAUGAGGCUGCUGAUGGCCUUCAUUAA